CCAGUAGCAGCCGACAAGUCCGCUACAGACGCAACUUGCCUCCACAGGCAGUAAGUGCUACGCUGACCACGCCUGAAACAACCAUGCCACCGUUGACUCUCUACAAUAGCAACCUGAGCAUCCCAUGCCGCUUAGUACGUAUAGUGGCUGGUGUUGUUGGAGUCGACCUGAAAAUUGUUAACGUCGUCCCUAGGGUUGAUCUGAGGACGCCUGAGUGGUUGAAGAAAAAUCCACAACACACAGUUCCAGUAGUGGAUGACAAUGGGUUAUGGCUUAAUGAAAGCCGCGCCAUAUCAAUGUACCUCAUCUCAAAGUACGCAAAAGACGACUCUCUGUACCCAAAAGAUGUGAACAAGCGGGUGCUCGUCGACCAAAGACUCUUCUUUGAUCAAGACCUGUUCGGCAGGUUGGCGAAAAUUUUCCACCCACAACUUUUUGGCAAAUCGUUCGACCCCAGCGAUGUCGAAAAAGUGAACGACAGUUUCGAGAGCCUGUCACGAAUGCUGGAGGAUAAACAGUGGUUGGCUGGGGAGAAUAUCACCCUUGCGGACUACGCUGUAGCUACUUCUCUAGUCGCUGUUGAGAAAACUCCAAAGGCCGCUGGAGUUGACCAUCUGAAACACGCUAACAUCAAGCAGUGGCUGUCACGUUUUGAAGAUCGCUACCCACAGAUUUUUGAACACCGCAAAGGAGUACGUGAAGCUCUCGAGCAAAGACUACAGUCAAUGAAGUAAAUUAUGGAACAAGGAUUUGUAAAUAUACUGUUUAUUUAUGAUGUCGAUUAUGUACUGCUCAAAUAAAUCUUCUGGAUUUUUCGUUAAGCGAAAA